AUUGAAUGUCAUCAGUCCUACAAUGAAGUUGAUCGCGGUGUUCAUAGUAGCGUGCGCUGUUGCGUCUGCAUCCGGUGCUGUGCAUAAAUUCGUCAAAACACCGACCAAGUUCGUCGACGAAACUUUCUUGGUGAAACAGAAGGCUAUUUUGGACCUGUUGCAACAUGUCCAUCAAAAAGACAUCUACACCGAGGGAAAGUGGUUGACCGACAAGGAAUUCUUCAGUUACGACUACGAUUACAACACUAAAUUCACGAAUGUUGAAGCUGUUAUGGAAUUCCUCAAUUUCUACCGCACGGGAAUGCUUCCACGUGGUGAAGUGUUUUCAAUUAUGAACGAAAUGCAUCGCCGUCAAGUGAUUGCCUUAUUCCAUUUGUUCUACUACGCCAAGGACUGGGAAUCAUUCUACCAAGUUGCCACAUUUGCUCGCUUACACGUAAACGAAGGCAUGUUCAUCUAUGCAUUAACCGUUGCUGUUCUACAUCGUAAGGAUAUGACUGGCAUGGUCCUACCACCACCGUAUGAAGUGUAUCCGUUCUAUUUCUUCAAUUACGAUGUCGUUCGCAAAGCACAACAAUACAAAAUGCAAGGAUUCGACAAAACAAUCAAGACCGAUAAGACAUACACCGUUGUCAUUCCCAGCAACUAUACGGAUUACUUGUUUGAAACAAAUAUGGAAUCCAAAUUGUCCUACUUUAUGGAAGAUAUUGGUUUGAACACUUACUACUACUACUUCCACAUGGACUAUCCAUUCUGGAUGACUGGAAAGAAUUACUUGACCACAACCGAACGACGUGGUGAGCUGUAUUUAUUCAAACAUCAGCAAAUUUUGGCACGUUACUAUUUGGAAAGAUUGUCGCUUGGUAUGGGCACUAUUCCGACAUUCUCCUGGAUGGAGAACAUUCGUACUGGCUACUAUCCAGCAUUGAGAUACUAUAACGGAGAAUAUUUCCCGAUGAGAGACAAUUUCUACAAUAUGUACACCGAAUAUAACUACUUCGACCUUGAUAUCGUUACUAGAUACGAACGUCGCAUUCUCGAUGCUAUUGAUUUGGGAUACUUUACAUUGUACGAUGGAACCAAGUACGAAUUGACUAAACCAGAAAAUAUCGACAACUUGGCCCUACUUAUCAAAGGUUUCACAGAUGUUGAAGACAUACGGUUCUAUGGAUAUUUGGAAUAUUUUGCCAAAAUGUUACUCGGCACAUCGAUGACAACAAUGAACUAUCACAGAACCAUUCCAAGUGUGCUCGAACAUUUCGAAACUUCGAUGCGUGAUCCGAUUUUCUACCAAUUGUAUAAACGUAUCAUCAACUACUACUGGUCGUUCAAAACCCAUUUGCCGUCAUACACCACCGAUGAUCUUUUGUUUGAUGGUGUUAAGAUUGAAUCGGUUUUCGUUGACAAAUUGGUAACAUUCUUCGAUACAUUCUACUCCGACAUCACAAAUGUUGUUGAUGUCGAAAAGUUCGAUGACACAUACACCAAAACUGAUAUGUACACAUUCGGUCGCAAAGCUCAUUACACCGGCAAAGACUUCGUCAUCAAAACCAAGCAAUUGCGUCUCAAUCACAAACCAUUCAAUGUUCGUUUGAAUGUGUUAUCCAACAAAGCACAAAGGGCUGUCGUCAAGAUGUUCCUCGGACCAAAAUACAACGAAUUCGGAUUCGAGUACAGAAACAUCAAUGAAAAUCGCGAAAACUUCGUAGAAUUGGAACACUUCGUUGUCGAUUUGGCUGCCGGUAUGAAUACCAUCGACCGAAACUGUCAACAAUUCUCCAAAUUUAUCGGUGAUUACACCACCUAUUACGAUCUGUACAAGGACUUGAUGAUGUCUACGAAAUCCGAAAUGAAGUUUGCUUACGACAAAUACGAGAAACAUUGCGGAUUCCCAUGGAGGCUUAUGUUGCCCAAAGGUACCAAGGGCGGUAUGGAAUUCCAAAUGUUCUUCAUUGUUGUACCUCAAAUCGACAUCCAGACCACUAUGAUGCGCGACGAACCGAUGUUCAUUUGUGGCAACUAUGACCAAUACGUUGAUUAUCGUUCGUAUGGAUUCCCAUUGGAUCGCACCAUCAACGAAAUGUACUGGUACACACCCAACAUGUACUACUACGAUGCCAUCAUCUACCACGAAGAAACCAUUGAUAUGAUGAUGUUUUAAGAGAGAGAACGGAACAUUUCUACUUUGAUAUCGAGGGAGAAUUUUACAAGAGGCUGUUUAUGUUUACGUAACUGUUCAAGUAAAGUUUAUUGCUUUAGUGUGUAGAAUUUAAAAUUGAAGAAAUAUUAAAAUUUUAUUUAUUCGAAACUUUCGUGCACGGUUGUAUAGCUCAACAAUUUAUUUUCAUUUCUUACGAUGCUCCAGCCAUUAAUUUUUCAUCGUUUUAUUGAAUUUGCUGUGCUGAACCCAUCCCAGACAUUGAAGUUGCAAUUAUUAAUAUAUAAAGUUAUUAUCCCCGCUAUUGUAAGUGAUAUGGAUUCAAUUACGAUUGAGAUCUCGGUGGAAAAUCAAUUAAUUAUGCCAGGCGUUUGUUUACCGAGUAAUUUAUUAAUUCGCAAAAGAGAAGCAGAAAAAAAAAUUGAAGCCAUAUGCUUUCUGUACUUGUAAAGUCUUUUGCUUAUACGAUACUCUUUCGAUAAUGUAAACACUUACGCUCGCGGUUCAUUAUAUUAUAUGAGACGUGCAAAUAAACAUCGAAAGUACUUUAAAA